AUGGCUAUCUCCACUUACUUCUCUCUCCUCCUCAUCUUCCUAUCCCACUUCCCUUCCUCACAUGCAGAGCCAUUCAUCGGAGUCAACAUCGGCCAAGUCGCCGACAAUCUCCCUCCACCGUCCGAAACCGUCAAGCUCCUCAAAUCCUCUUCAAUUCAGAAAGUCAGACUCUACGGCGCCGAUCCCGCCAUCAUCAAAGCUUUGGCCGGAACCGGUAUCGGUAUCGUCAUCGGCGCCGGUAACGGAGACAUUCCUUCUCUCGCCGCCGAUCCUAACGCCGCCUCUCAAUGGAUCAACUCCAACGUCCUCCCUUUUUACCCCGCCUCCAAAAUCAUCCUCAUCACCAUCGGCAACGAGGUUCGGUCUAAUUUAAAAAAAUACAAAAAUUAA